GGCUUACUCACCUUCUCAUUGACAGGAGAGCGAGUGGCUGGCCUACUCCCAUCCCUCAAGCACCCACCCACCCUCUGUCAGAAGCAGAGGACCAGCUCCGUUCCACUCACGCCCACAGUGCCAGUGGAGCUUUUCUAUGGUGUUCCAUUCCUCGAUCCGAUCAGCCGACCGGCGGCCUUCAGUGUUUCAGUCCUCCAGUGCUCCUCCUUUCUUGUCUUGACUAACCGAACCCAAGCCAAGCGAAGCGAGUCUAGCCCUUUGAGUCCCGUCCCUCCCUCGUCUCCCUCAGUUCGCGAGCCUUUUCCAUUCUCCGGCGAGCAGACAUUGGAGAAAGAUUGCAUGCAUGUGGCUUGAAUAAAAGAGUAUUAUUAUUACCCUCCCGACUUUGUGUCCGAGUAUCCUGUUUCCCUCCUCAUCAUGUACGCCCUAGCUCUGGUGGCCGUGAUCCUCUGCAUCCUCUUCAAGAUCUUGAAUGUGAACAACUCACCCGCCCAAUCCUUAUUCUACUCGGCCAACGCCAAGUUCCUCGAUGAGAUCCUCAAGCUCACCCCGGAAAUUGCCGAACCAUAUGUGCCCACUCGUUUGUGGGGCUUUAGUGGCCACGUCCAGACCAUCAUCCAGGGCGUGCUCUCCCGAAUCAGCUGUCCUUUGGUCAAUGGACGGCGAUACUUCUUCAUCCAAUCGGACCACGCCACCGUCACCUACGACUUGUAUCAGCCCAUCGAAAAACAUGCCAUGAGUGGUGAUUAUACGCUGGCCAUUUGUCCGGGCAUUUGUAACACGAGUGAGUCGGUCUACAUUCGGCGGGUGGUGCUCCAAGCCCAAUUGCAGGGCUAUCGCGUGGCUGUGUUGAACCACGUGGGUGCGCUUAAGAACGUGCGUCUGACCGCGCCUCGGAUGUUCUCUUACGGCUACACUCACGAUUACGAUGGCCUCAUUCAGGACAUCGUGAAGCGUUAUCCCGCCACCAAGAUCAUAUGCGUAGGCUUCUCCAUGGGCGGCAAUUUGGUCACCAAGUAUUUGGGCGAGGAUCGAGUCCGCCCGGACUGUAUUCUGGCCGGCAUCUCGGCCUGUCAAGGCUAUGAUGCGGUCGAGGCUGGCAAGUAUCUGUUGCUAUGGGAGAAUUGCCGACGCUUGUACUUGUACGCCAUGACCGAGAAUCUCCGGGCUCUGAUCCGAAAUUGGCAGAAACAUCUCAUGCCCGAGGAUUUCAAGCGCGAAAAGGGCAUUAAUGAGCGUGACAUUUGGUCGGCUGCCACGCUCGUCGAGCUCGAUGACGCUUAUACCCGGAAGGUGGCCGGCUUUGAAAGUGUAGAUGAGUUCUACCAGGAUUGCAGCAGCUUGAAUUAUUUGGAUGGCAUCCAAGUGCCCAUGAUCUUCAUCAACGCCGAGGACGACCCCAUCGUGCCCCGACCUUUGCUGGAUCACAUGAUGGAAGCUAUCAAAAAGCACGACAACAUCCUGUACAUUGAGCAAAAAUUCGGUGGGCACUUGGGAUUCUACGAGGGCGGCUACAUCUACCCGAACUCCGUCACGUGGUUGGAUCGUAUGGUGGUCAAGCUCUCCGAGUCGUUGAUCAUGUUCGUGGACAAUGAGAAGAACAAGGCCCCGUUGGAGGAUGCCAAUCUGGCCUUAGAGGAGAUCUACGACAAGGUCGAUUCCACUAGCGAGGACUCGGCUUCCUCCUCACCCUUGAUUCUUCGACGGUCCUUCAAAGGGGCCAAGGCCAGUUUGGUCUGUGGGAAGAAGAAUAAAAUGCACUCAGGAUGGUUCCCACGUGGACCCGGCGUUCUGGGCGAAGAGGCCAGGUUUUAAAUCCAAAUCACAAACGUUCUAUCUCGGUCUGUAACGAUCCCCGUGGAAAUUCAAGAUCCCGAGUGACAAGAGAAUGGGCCGCAUUUGGGACAUUGCGUUUACAUUUUAUUCAAGCUUAACUCUCCGUGUCACCCAAAAAGGUAGCAAAUCUUUAUUUCGGGGGCUUAACGUAAAGGCAACCCGUGUUCACUAACUAACUCUCGCACUCCACCGUGUCAAGAUUGUUUUGUAUUUGGUUUUCACCCCUCUCGAAAAUACACAUAUUAUUUAUGA